AUGGAUCGUUCCAGUCGCAAAGACCGUUCACGUGAUCCUAGCAGUGACACAAGUAGUAGUACAAGGCUACGUAGUCGCACCAUGCGCGAAACACGGAGUUCUACGGCUGAUUCCACUUCAGAUGGUGCCGAUACGGACGCGAGUUCGGCUGGUCACAAUGCAGACGCUUCUCAUCGCAGACAACAACGACGUAACAAGACAAGCAAAGCAUCAGAAGAUAUACGCAAGAUUAUGUGUGACUCAGAGGAGGGACGUGUGUUACAAUUGAGAAAUGAAGAGGAGGUGGAGGAGGAUGAAGACGAAGAAGAAGGAGAAGAGACCGUAAAGAUGGAGGAAGAUAAUGGAGGACGUACACGUUCACUGUCUACUGUGUCAAACAAUUCAUCUACUUCAGCAUCUUCCUUGGCUUCUGAUCAAUUGACUGGAGAUCAACAACGUGCACGACUUGAUCAGCAAAUGGCCGAGCUAGAGCAGAAGAAAAAAAUGGUGGAGGAUGGAACCCUUGCUGAGUUUUGUCGACGUGUGGCUGCAUUCAAAGAGGAUCGUAAGCGACUGCUGCAGACAGCAGAGCUGCACAAGAAUCUGCAGCUCAAGAACGGCCACGACCUUUACCAAUUUGAGGUACAGCGUGCUCAUCAUUUGUGGGACAACGACCGGAAAGGCCUUCAGGAAGAACUGCUGGCCAAGGUGGAUGCUUUGAUGGCCAAGCUUGAGACGGAGAUGAAGGCGCUAUCUGAUCCUGAUACCAGGGUAGUCGGUGUUUGUGCAACAUUCCCGCAUCAACAAGGUGCGCGGAUAACAUGUACUGAGAAGCCCUCCGUGUAUGUUACUGUUGUUGAGGACGACAAGGGUAAAAAUAAGCCAGUAACUAAAAGUGAGAAGGAAGAGGGGGAAGUGCCGGAGCAACUAUCAACGACAAAGGGAACUUCUAUGGUUAAACGACGCAAAAUAGACCCGCUAAUGAAUGCAGAUCCGGUCGAUAUGUCGAAGUUGCUCACAGUUGAGAUUGUGCGCUUACCGUUCGACGACGUCAGUGCCGACAUUGCAGCAAUUGUGGGUGACCGUAAAGAGACGGCGAGAUCUAUGGUUGAGCUCUUACCGAGCAAUGGCAAUUUGCCGUUUAAGCUUGAGCGACGACGGUUGUUUUGCGGUAAGUAUAUAUUCGAGGAUGGAGAUGAAGUGCAAAUUUCAAUGCCACUCGUGCAUGAAGACUACACGGGUACGGUUUCGUCAAUCACGGACGACGCAAUCUACAUCAAGCUGACAUCAGGCCAAAAGGCACGCAUCUUGCUACCGCAUAUCGAGCGUCGCCGCUGUGAGCUGAAACCAUUACUGCGUGGCACUACGUCUACGAGCAGCUUGUACAGCACGGGUUGGUCCGAGUAUGAUACGUUUUACUAA